GUUCAGGAGGGAGGGCGGGGGGGGGGGCACACACUGCCUCGCGCCCCCGCCCCGCGGGUGUCUCGCGCGCAGCUCUGCGAGUGUGGAGAUCCGUCUGGCGCCUGCAGUGCAUGCCCGCGCACCCCGCCUUUCGUUCCCCGUCCCGCGCCCCGCGGGUUCUCCCGCUCGCUCGGCUCCCUCCAUUCCCUGCAAACGCCGCCCCUCCCGCGCGCUGGCUCAGGCGCUGGCGCCGCCGCCGCCGCCGCCGGAAAGUUCAGGAGCCCUGGAAAGGAGAAGGAAUAAGACGGCAGGAGGAAGAGAGAGAGAGGGUAGAAUGGAAGAGUCUCACUUCAAUUCUAACCCGUACUUCUGGCCUUCUAUCCCUACAGUCUCAGGGCAGAUUGAAAACACAAUGUUCAUCAACAAGAUGAAGGAUCAGCUAUUGCCAGAAAAGGGCUGUGGACUGGCGCCACCUCACUAUCCCACUUUGCUGACAGUGCCUGCCUCAGUAUCCCUGUCCUCUGGCAUUAGCAUGGACACAGAGUCCAAGUCAGAGCAGCUGACCCCACACAGUCAGGCAUCUGUUACCCAGAACAUUACUGUGGUCCCUGUGCCAUCUACAGGACUGAUGACAGCGGGAGUCUCCUGUUCUCAGAGGUGGAGAAGAGAAGGGAGUCAAUCAAGGGGUCCUGGUUUGGUAAUCACAUCCCCCUCAGGCUCUCUUGUGACCACAGCGUCAUCAUCUCAGACCUUCCCUAUAUCGGCUCCCAUGAUUGUCUCAGCUCUUCCCCCUGGCUCACAAGCCCUACAGGUGGUCCCUGACCUCUCCAAGAAGGUAGCAUCAACCCUAGCUGAGGAAGGAGGCGGAGGUGGUGGUGGAGGUGGCAAUGUGGCUCCUCCUAAACCUCCUCGGGGCCGAAAGAAGAAGCGGAUGCUGGAAUCAGGGCUUCCUGAGAUGAAUGACCCUUAUGUCCUUGCCCCUGAUGACGACGAUGACCAUCACAAAGAUGGCAAGACCUACAGGAGCGAAGGGAACUGCGGCACAGGAAAUGGACAGAGCCUUGGGCUCAUGGAUUCAGUUCCCGGCUCCACCACGAACUUGCUGUGUGACCCUGGGUGCCGGAUGUGCUCACUGACCUUCUACUCAAAGUCGGAGAUGCAGAUCCACUCCAAGUCACACACCGAGACCAAGCCCCACAAGUGCCCGCACUGCUCCAAGACCUUCGCCAACAGCUCCUACCUGGCCCAGCACAUCCGUAUCCAUUCGGGGGCCAAGCCCUAUAGUUGUAACUUCUGUGAGAAAUCCUUCCGCCAGCUCUCCCAUCUGCAGCAGCACACCCGGAUCCACUCCAAGAUGCACACGGAGACCAUCAAGCCCCACAAGUGCCCACACUGCUCCAAGACCUUCGCCAACACCUCCUACCUGGCUCAGCACCUCCGUAUCCACUCGGGGGCCAAGCCCUACAACUGUUCCUACUGCCAGAAGGCCUUCCGCCAGCUCUCCCACCUCCAGCAGCACACACGAAUCCACACCGGUGAUAGGCCGUACAAAUGUGCACACCCAGGCUGUGAGAAGGCCUUUACACAACUCUCCAAUCUGCAGUCUCACAGAAGGCAGCACAACAAAGACAAACCCUUCAAGUGCCACAAUUGUCACCGAGCGUACACAGAUGCAGCCUCACUAGAGGCUCACUUAUCUACACAUACGGUGAAGCACGCCAAGGUGUAUACCUGCACAAUCUGUAGUCGGGCAUACACAUCGGAAACAUAUCUUAUGAAACACAUGCGCAAACACAACCCUCCUGAUCUUCAACAACAAGUGCAAGCAGCAGCGGCGGCGGCAGCAGUGGCCCAGGCUCAGGCCCAGGCCCAAGCUCAGGCCCAGGCUCAGGCCCAGGCCCAGGCUUCCCAGGCAUCACAGCAGCAGCAGCAGCAACAACAGCCUCCACCACCACAACCACCACACUUCCAGUCACCUGGGGGAGCUCCCCAGGGUGGGGGUGGUGGGGACAGCAACCCGAACCCUCCACCCCAGUGUUCCUUUGACCUGACCCCCUAUAAGACGGCAGAGCAUCAUAAAGACAUCUGCCUCACUGUCACCACCAGCACCAUCCAGGUGGAGCACCUGGCCAGCUCUUAGAGAUCCGUACUGCCAACCACUGGAAAGAGGGAGAAGAAGUUCUGGUCCCUCCUUUGUCAACUCCUCUUGGUGGGAAAGUUCUCUUCUUCCUUGACAAGUCCUGUCUCCAGCUCCUUGGUCCUCAGGCAUGGCUUCCUUCGCAAGAUAACCAUCCUUAAUCCCAGCUGCUCCUGAUUGACAAAGGGAUCCUGAGCUGAUAGUGUUAUCCAACAGCCCCAUCCAAGCAGAGCUUUAAGACUGGGGGUUGGUGCUUGAGAGAGGAUCUGCUCUGGCCUCACAUCUUGUCCAGUGUGGGCACUUACCUUCCUCUCUUCUCAUCCUCAAAGUUGGGGCCGAUAGAAGGCUAGCGGCUGGUCCUCCCAGAUAAUACAGAAGGAAGCUCUAAAUGCAACCAACCUUCCGUUCUACGUUUACCUGUAAAAGAACAGGUUUUGCACGUGGCCUGACUCCUGUGAGCCAUUUUUUUUCCCUUACAUGGUCUCACUUCAUAUUGGGUGGUGACUACCUUUUUAUUUGUAAGGAGGCCAGUAGGCAAUACAUGGUCACCAAGGUGCCAGAGACUCUCCAGGUGACCAAGGGUGGUUAUAAGAGUGUGGGUUAUGAUUUUUCCUUGCAGCCUCCUUCUCUGCCAACCAAGGGCCUAUAUACUUUGCCUCACCACACCAGUCCAAGGAGCUAUGGGAGCUAUGGUCUCUGUAAAACCCCAGCCAGGGUAUUGCAGAGAAGGGAGAAGUCAGGGCAUACACAAGGACUGGACUUAGCUCCCUAGGUGCCACGGUCAGAUGCCGGACAUGGAUUUAUAUAUAAAUAUAUAUAUAUAAGUAUAUAUAUAUAUAUAUACCUGCUCAUCACGGCCAUCUUUGUUGUAACCAUUUCUGUGUUUAUAAAUGCAUUAUCUCUGAGAAUUUUCAUAUUGAUGUUUUAUUUUUGUCUUAUUUUUCUCCACUUUGUCCUCUGGCCAUGGCAUUUAAAUUUUCUUUUACCUUUUAAUUUUUUUAAUCACGGCAGAUUUCAGAGAAAAGAAUUAAAAUAAUCAGGAAUUAUACAGUUGUUAUAAAGCAAUUUAAAAAUGAAAAAAUCUUAUGUACAAACUAAGGGGUGUUUUUAGAACAUUGUAUAGAAAUAAAUUGAUGUUUAAGGAUGAGA